AUGCGCUGCACGAACUGUGGUUCGUUGGCGAUCGAUUUUGCCGACUCGCAGGCAGUAUGCAGUGCCUGCGGUGUCGUGCUCGAAGAGUCGCAAAUUGUUAGUGAUAUUACCUUUGCCGAAAACACGGCGGGUGGCGCUGUUGUUCAGGGCAGUUACCUCGGCGCCGACCAGGCACGCUGGAACAUUAAUCGUAUGGCCACGGCGCGUGGCGUGCCACAACACGUUGCGGAGCGUGCCCUCCGAUUCUUCCAACUGGCUUUGGAUGGCGGUACGGCUACGGCAUCGGGAUCGCAGCCCAAGAACUUUGUCCUAGGCCGAAAAUCGGACUACACGGUCGCGUCGUGUUUAUAUGUCGCCUGCCGUAUGGCCAAGACGACACACAUGCUGAUUGAUUUCGCGGAUGUGAUCCAGGUGAACGUGUUCGUCUUGGGGCGCAGCUACCUGCGCCUCUUGCGCGUCCUCAACUUGCAGAUGCCGCUGAUCGACCCAUCGUUCUAUAUCAGCCGCUUCGCGGCGCUCCUCGAAUUUGGCGAGGAGACGCAGCGUGUCGUCACCGAUGCGACGCGCCUUGUUACGCGAUUCAAGACCGAUUGGAUGGUCGAGGGACGUCGUCCGGCGGGUAUUUGUGGUGCUUGCUUGCUGCUGGCAGCGCGUAUGAACCACUUCCGUCGCUCUGUCACUGAGGUCGUCCAGGUGGUCAAGAUCGCCGACGUGACACUGCGCAAGCGCUUGGAGGAGUUCAAGUCGACGCCCAGCGGCCAGCUGACCAUUGAGGACUUCCGCAGUGUAUGGCUCGAAGAGGAGCACAACCCUCCUGCGUUUGCGCGUGCCCGCGUGCCCAAGAGCAGCAAGGACCCGCAGGCGCACCUCGUCGCGCCGAACGAGAACCUGGAAGCGAUCAAGAUGCAAAUGCCGGAAACCACUGGCCUGCCCGAGUUUGGGGGCGGCGAGCUGGAGCGACUGGCUGAUCAGGCGACAGAACAAGAGAUCACGUCGUACCUGCAGCAAGACGAUAUCCGUGCGCUCGAGAACAAUCUCUCGCAGCAGGAACAGACGCGCGUCGAGCGCGCCAAGGCCGGCCAUGUUGCGCCGGAACCUUUGGCGCCAGUCGAGGAAAGCGACGCUCCGGCGCCGGCGCCGGUCGAGCGCGACGGCGACCUAGGUGAUCUGGACGAGGCCGAAUUGGACAACUUUAUCUUGUCGGAAGAUGAGGUCAAGAUCAAGGAGCGUGUAUGGAUGGAGUUUAACAAAGACUACCUCGAAGCCGCGCUCGCGCGUCAGCUCAAACUGGAAGCAGACCAGAAAGCGGGCAUUGCUCCUGCUCCGCGAAACCGUAAACGCCAGAAACCGCGUGACGGUACCACGGCACCGACCAAGUCGGCGGCCGAGUCGGCGAAGCAGAUGAUGCAGCAAAAGCGUUGGUCCCGCAGGAUCAACUACGAUGUGCUGAACAAUCUCUUCCCGGGAGGCGGUGCUGCUCCCUCGAGCACCUCCAAGAAUGCCGCAUCCGACGUCCAAAACGGGCCCUCUCCAGACGAGGAAGAGCUCAGUGAGGACGACGACGAGGAAGACGAGGAAGACGACGAUGAGGACACGCCGCAUGCCAAGCGGUCGAGUGAGACCGCGCAGACGUCGAGCCAGCAGGCGACGCUGCGCAUGCCGCCGGUGUACUUUUCGACGUUUGACGUGAAGGAUCAAGUCUUUUACGAGAACGAGACGGCAGUGGCCCUCGUGAACCUCAAGCCGACGCACUAUGAACGUCUGCAAGACAUUCCCACGUCCGAGCUUGGCUCGCUCUUUUCCGCUGUGCAGAGCGUAGGCAAGGUGGUCGAAAGCGCUUUUUCUGGCGACUCUCUCUCGGUCGCAGUUCAGGACGGCCCGAACGCAGGGCAGACCGUCCCGCAUGUUCAUGUCCAUGUAAUUCCCCGGCGUGCACGCGACAUUGAGCCCAACGACCUGAUCUACGAGCACCUGGACGCGUUUGGGCUGCAGCUGCGUAACCUGCAAGAGAAACAGAUGGACAGCGAGCGCCGGCCGCGAACCAAGGAACAGAUGCACGCCGAGGCCGAGUGGCUCCAUACGCAGUGUGUGCAAAUCCUUGGCGAAACCAAAGGACCGGUGAGGCUAGACGCAGCGACAUGA